AUGUGGUCUUCAUUCUUUGCUGUUUCUGCUGCGCUUCUGUCGCUCACAGGUCUUGUCCAAGCAGUUCCUCAGCUUGAGGUAUCGUCGGCAUCAUCAGCAACAAUAACAGCAACAGCCGCCGCAACAACGAGCACAGUAUCAUGCAAUAACUCUCCUGAACUCUGCAACCGAAGCUACAACAACAUCACGCAUAUGGGAGCCCACAACUCGGCAUUUCUGAGGGACAGUAGCACAUCCUACUCAACGUCAGGAAACCAAUACUACAAUGCGACAGUGGCCUUGUCGGCAGGCAUCAGGCUACUACAAGCCCAAGUGCACAACGAGAGUGGUAUCUUGACUCUCUGCCACUCCUCCUGCAGCCUUCUCAACGCCGGCACUCUGGAAUCCUGGCUCUCAAACAUUAAAUCCUGGAUGGACGCCAACCCUAACGAAGUCGUUACCAUCUUACUCGUCAAUUCUGAUGACCAGCAAGCCUCUGCAUUCGGCACCGUCUUCCAAUCAUCAGGUAUGGCAGAUUAUGGCUACACGCCCUCCUCCACAUCCGCCAUGUCAACCUGGCCUACCCUCCAGACCCUCAUCGACAACAACACGCGUUUGGUAACUUUCAUUGCGAGCAUCGACUACGACAGCACAUACCCUUACCUCCUCCCUGAAUUCACAUACGUGUUUGAGAACUACUUCGACGUCACCUCAGUUUCGGGCUUCAACUGUAGUAUCGAGCGCCCCACGGCACUCGCGGACGGCACCGGAGCAGGGGCCGUGAGCUCGGGAUACAUGGGGCUGAUGAACAACUUCCUCUACACAUCCUCUGGGUUCGGAAUCUCGAUGCCCGCCGUCUCCCUGAUCGAGAGCACGAACAGCCCGUCGACGACGGGCGGAAGCGGGACGCUGGGCAACAACGCCGCGCGCUGCCAGAGCGAGUGGGCGGGCAAGCCGACUUUCAUCCUGGUUGAUUUCUUCAACGUCGGUCCGGCCAUCGCAGCUGCCGAUAACCUCAAUGGCAUCACCGCCACGGGACGCACGAAUCUCACCACGGCGCAGCUGACUGCUGGCUCGGAGAACGCUGGUGCGAGGCGGGAUGUGAAAAGCUGCUUUGGGGUGGCCGCGGUGGUGAUGGGGGUGCUUGCUGUAGGCAACUUCGUCUGGCUCUAG